CUGCGAGUACAAAAGCCGGCACAAAUUACGGGACGGCACAGGAAGAAACGAGCAGUUGAAUCCAACAAUUUAUCUGCGAUCAGCAAUUUUUCUCCGGCAUCAUGGGCGAGAUCGAGGAAUUAUUUAUAUCCGGUCUUAUAUACGAUUACUUGACGAAGAAGGACGCGUCGUUGGCGAAGGUUUUUCAGAAGAAAACAAAAGCGCCUGGUCUAUCGAAAGGAUGUCCGACAAUACUUGAAGUAUUCAGGUAUUUCCAAAAGAACUCCUCUAAGAAGGUCUCUGUAAUUGGACAAAACAAGAAAAGUAGUUCGGAUUCGAGCUCGGAAAGCGAGGAAGAAACACAGAAAAAUAUUGCGCAAGUCAAUGGCAAUAAAUCAAUAAUUAAAACAGUGCCACUUAAAAAAGUAGCAGAUUCUUCUGAGGAAGACUCUUCCAGCAAAGAUGAAACACCAGCACAAAAAAUAUUAACUAAAGCAAAGACAAAUGUCAAGGUACCUCUUGUACAAAAAGAAGAGAGUUCUGAUGAAAGUUCCGAUGAAGAGGAAGACAAAAUACCAGUUGCCAAACAGCCAGCCACUAAGGCGCAGAAAGCAGCUGUAAAUCAAAAGACACAAAAUCAGAAUAAAUUGACACCAGCAAAAUCGGUUACAAAACCAGCAUCUUCAUCGAGUGAGGACAGUAGCGAUGAAGAGGAGUCUGCGCCAAAAAAAGCAACUCUUAAUAAACCAGCACUUGCUAAGAAAGAGUCUUCAAGCGACGAUAGCAGUGAAGAACAACCUGCUAAAAAACCAGCAUUGGUAACUGUUGCUAAAAAGGAAGAAUCUUCCUCAAGUGAAGAGAGUAGCGAAGACGAAGCUAAAUCAUGCACACCAAAAGCAACUGUUUCUCUAAAAGCGCAAAAGCCGGCUCUUAUUCCCAGUAAAACAUCCACACCAAAGGCAGAUGUAGCUCCAAAAUCACAGCCACAAAAACAGAGUAAACCGACAGUAACAAAGGUUCAAAAACCAGAAUCAUCAUCGAGCGAGGAUACUAGCGACGAGGAGGAGCCUGCGAUAAAAAAAUCAGCUCUUAGUAAACAAACAGCGCCAACAAAACCACCAGUCACCAAAAAGGAAUCUUCAAGCGAAGAUAGUAGCGAGGAAGAGCAACCUGCUAAGAAACCAACUCCAAUAGCUGUUGCUAAAAAGAAAUCCUCGAGUGAAGAGAGCAGUGAAGAUGAAGCUCCCGUCAAGAAACCAGCUCUUGUUAAACAGAAUACCACUAGCAAAAUUGAUUCUAUAAAGAAAAAAGAAUCGUCGAGCGAAGAUUCCGAUGAUGAUUCCGAUGAAAAGGAGAAAUCAGCGGUACAAGUAUUGGCGAAGCGAUCGGCUAUUAAUAAAACACCGAAGAAGCAGGAAUCUUCCAGUGAAGAUUCAGACGACUCGGAAGACGAAACAGCAGCCGCAAAACCUAUACUGGCAAAAGCGGGCACCAAGAAGGAAUCGACGAGCGAUUCUGAUUCAGAUUCCAGUGCAGAGAAAGAAGAUGAAACAAAAGUUCAAACGGCAGCCAAACCACAAAAAAGGAAACAUUCAAAUGACGAGGAAAGAACGCCUGCAAAAUUGGCAAAAAAUAAUUAUAGCAACUUCGUGAAAGCUAACAGUAGUUUGAACGAAGACAACAAGGACGAGAAAGAAGAUGAUAAUAGUUUUAAGAAACACGACUCUGAACGAGACGGAUUCAAAGGUGGAUUUAGGGGAGGUAGAGGUGGUAGAGGUGGUUUCCGAGGAGGGCGCGAUGAGGGAGGUCGCGGCGGUUUUAGAGGUGAACGCGGCGGUUUUAGAGGUGAACGCGGCGGUUUUAGAGGUGAACGCGGCGGUUUUAGAGGCGGACGCGGCGGUUUCAGAGGCGAUCGCGGUGGCGGCGGUAACCGUUGGAGCAACGGUAGCGAUAAGGAUGGUGCUGGCGACAGGGGCGGACGUUGGAGCAACGAUAACGAUAGGGAUGGUGGUGGUCGCGGCGGUUUUAGAGGCGGUCGCGGCGGCUUUAGAGGCGGUCGUGGUGGCGGUUUCGAUAAUAGGAAAUCUUGGGGCGGAAACGAUAGGCCGAGGAAAUCGUGGGGAGACAACGGGGAUGGCGAUAGGGGAGGUUUUAGAGGCGACAAAGGUGGUUUCGAUAAUAAGAAAUCUUUCGAUACGACAACUCAAAAUAAAAAGAUCACUUUUGAUGAUUAAUAAUAGAUAUACAUGAUUGUAUAUAAAGAAAGGUGCACGCGGAUCAUGGGGAGAACGAGCUAAUGAAGUAUUGAAAUAUACAAAGGGCAAGUCUUUCCGACAUGAAAAGCAAAAGAAGAAACGCGGUAGCUACCGUGGCGGACGCAUAGAUACACAUGUUAAUUCAAUU